AUGGUACGGUUUUCAACAACAACAUAUGGACGAGAGUAUCCUGAUUCAGCUCGUAAUCUACGUGGUAUUGCUAUGAAGUUCAAUACUGAUGAAGGAAAUUAUGAUAUAUUAUGUGUUAAUUUUCCGGUAUUUUUUGUACUUGAUCCAACACAAGGGCUUGAUAAUUUUUCUGAUGCUGAAGGAAUGCGUAUGUGUGGUGAAGAUCCAGAUUAUGCUAAAAAUGAUCUUUGGCAACAUUUAGAUAAUGGUGAAACAUGUGAAUUUAAAUUUCAAAUUCAAAUGACGAGUGAAGGUGAAAUACACAAAGUAGCUGAUUUUUAUCCAUGUGAUGCAACUAAGAUUUGGCCAGAAGAACGAUAUACAUAUUUGGAAUUCGGACGUGUUAGUUUUCAUCAAAUUCCAGUUAAUUAUCCUUUUAGGACUCAUCAAUAUCACCCGUUAGCUCGAAAUGGACGAUUAAGAUGUGAUGCAAAUGGUAGUGUUGAAUCUAAUAUUUAUCCUAAUUCAUUUACUCAACCACCACGUGCUCGACUUGAUUUAACAUGUAAUGAAAAACCUCAAUCAUUACAAGGAUAUUUAGCUCGAAAAUCUCAUUCUCAUCAUGAAAAUGAAUUUUCACCUGAUACAGAAUAUGUUCAAGCACGUUAA